CGCGCGCGCUCUAGAGGUGCAUGCAGACGAGGAACUUCCUCAGGAGCCUAGCGACCGAAAGCCGGUAAAUUAAGACACAAAGGCCAGUUUGCCCCGCAAGCUUUGACGUUAUGUUUGAAUCCCCGUGUAAAUCGAUAAAUGUCCUCAACGCGUGGUCGGAGAGUCAGGACGAGUUGCGCGAGACGCAACCGGUGUCUCCUCGCGGGACGAGAAAGCGAGUCAAGGCAAAAAAGAAAAAGCGAAAACAGCAGCAGCAGCAAAACGAGAGACGCUCCGUCUCGGCCCCUCAGUUAUGCACGGAUGACGCCGAUAAGGGGCGAACAGAAAAGAAACAUAGACCGGACGAACCGAUUGGGAGAGGAAUCUUCCAAAUCGGGAAGAAGAGCCACGACGUGGUUCUCACGGAAACGCGGGUGACAUGGACGCCCAUACAGCCCGAGACCCCUACAGCUGACCGUGAUGUGAAGAACCAGGAAGAGUAUGUGGAGCUUAAGGACGUGUUUGCUGUGAAGGUAAAGCGGCGGCGCUCUGCGGGGCAGCAGACGGGCGGAACUCUGCUGGGCAUCACACUCUUCCAGUGCAAGAAGAAAGGGCUCAAACUCAAGGAGCAUGCCAUCCACCUCAACAACCUCAGUGCGGACCACUGUGAGAUUUGGUUCAAGAGCCUCAAAGAGAUCCUCAGCGGUUUUAAGAACCGUCCCAAGUCUCUCAAAGUCUUUGUGAACCCCAUCAGCCACAAGAAAGAGGCGUACCAGCUCUACCUGGACGAAGUUGCCCCGCUCUUCAAGCUGGCUGACAUAGAAGCCGAUGUGACCAUCACCAAGAGAAAGGGCCACGCACUGUCCAUUCUGAAAGACUGCAGCUUGGAAGACUAUGAUGGUGUGGUAUGUGUUGGGGGAGAUGGCUCUGUAGCUGAGGUGGCCCACGGGUUGCUUCUCCGGGCCCAGAUGGACGCUGGGAGGGACACAGAUUCUAUCUUCACGCCUCUCCAAGCAGCACUUCCUCUCGGCAUAAUACCAGCAGGUUCUACUGAUGUGGUGGCCUGCUCCGUGCAUGGAAUAAGACGUGCUGUGACUGCAACCUUGCACAUCAUCAUGGGUCAUCAUCAGCCCGUGGACGUGUGCAGCUUUAGCUCUAUGGGUCGCCUGCUGAGGUUCGGCUUCUCUGCCAUGUUUGGUUUCGGUGGGCGGACGCUCGCACUGGCAGAGAGACACCGCUGGAUGCCACCCAGCCAGCGCCGCGAGUUCGCUCUCAUUAAAACACUGGCAAACCUCAAACCUGAAGACUGCGAACUGUCCUUUAUAACCAGCAGAGGAGCCGAGGAUCAGACAAAAGCUGAGCGAAAUGGAGAUGGAGGAGACAUUUGUGAGGAUGGAUCCUGGCAGACCAGACAAGGCCUGUACCUGAAUAUCAGCAUCAUGGCUAUUCCCUGCCUGUGCUCCAUGGCCCCCAGGGGCCUGGCCCCAACCACCAGGUUAAGCAAUGGCAGUAUGGCACUGAUAGCUGUUGGAAACACCUCCAGGUCAGAGUUCAUCAAGCACUUGAAGAGAUACAGCAGCACAAACAACCAGGUGAGCUCACAUGCCUACUGAGGGAACUUACUGAACUCACAUCAGCCAGACACGCAGGCAAUCCAGCCCACGCAAAUGGAGUUAACAACCUCCCCAGCUUAAGCAGAAUUAGCAUACUGUCAAGUCAAAUUAGUCGCUGAUUGUCAGCUUCCCACAAAACACUUUUCAGGCUAAUACAGAUUAGCCCAUUUCAGAGCCUGUCUCUUCUUUUUUCUUAAGCAAUCCAAUCUAGUGCUGUUUGUUAACCCACAUUCUAUAAAUAAUCUGUGUAGGUUGCGGCAUUGAGGUACUGCUCUUGACUCUCGCGUGAGAUGUCAUUGUGCCGCAGAGUAAAGUUGUGCCAAUUUCAGGGUUUCUGUGCUGUACUAAUGGACCUUUAUUGCCCAUUUUAAAAGAGCUUGUGUUGAGUGUGUUCACCUCAUUUACAUGUAGAAAGU